UUUGUUUUUCAUUUAUCAGGGAUAUUUCAAGGAUAGGCUGAAUUCUGAACGUCAAUUUUCUCGGUUGUUUUGCACGUUCAGUGCGUCGGUUCGUGUGUCUAAGGACCACCAUGACCACCCAAGCUAAAAUUACGGAUUUAUUCCGUGAAGCCUCUAAUUCGAAUGGCACGGCUCAGAAUGGUGAGAGCAGCGGCAAGUCAAACAAAAUGUCAAUAGAGAAGAUCUAUCAGAAGAAAUCCCAACUUGAGCACAUUCUCCUUCGUCCCGACACCUACAUCGGUUCCGUGGAGAAGCUCACAGAGAAGAUGUGGGUGUAUGACAACGAGAAACAGCAAAUGGCCCUUCGAGAAAUCACGUUCGUUCCGGGGUUGUAUAAAAUCUUCGACGAAAUUCUGGUGAACGCUGCCGACAACAAGCAGCGUGAUCCAAGCAUGGACACGAUAGAUAUUCACAUUGAUGCGGAGAGUAACGUGAUUUCGGUGAAGAACAAUGGUAAAGGAAUUCCCGUUGUGCAGCACAAGGAAGAGAAAAUGUUUGUGCCCACGCUCAUUUUUGGGCAUUUACUAACAUCUUCCAAUUACAAUGACGAUGAAGCCAAGGUCACCGGAGGACGAAACGGCUACGGCGCAAAAUUGUGCAACAUUUUUAGCACCAAGUUCACUGUAGAAACUGCGUGCUCUGAGUCUAAGAAAAAUUUCAAGCAAACUUGGGCCAACAAUAUGUCGAAGACGACAGAGCCGAAAGUUACCGCGUUUUCAGGGAAAGAUUACACGAAAGUGACGUUCUCUCCGGAUUUGGUCAAAUUCAAGAUGGACCGACUGGAUAAAGACACUGUGGAUUUGUUGUCCAGGCGAGCCUACGAUGUUGCUGGUGCUUCUUGGGGUGUGAAAGUCAUUCUAAAUGGGAAGCGCAUUCCUGUCAAAGGCUUCAAAGAUUAUUGCGAGCAGUAUAUCAAAGAAAAAGCAGAAGACAGCGGAAAUCCUGUGAAAAUCAUCUACGAAAAGUUCAGCCCACGAUGGGAAGUUGCGUGCUGCGUUUCGGAUCAAGGCUUUCAGCAAGUCUCAUUUGUCAACAGCAUUGCCACGACGAAAGGUGGACGUCACGUCGACUACAUCUGCGACCAGCUCACGAAGUCUGUAGUAGAAGUCGUCAACAAGAAGAACAAAAACGGCGUCACGGUGAAGCCGUUUCAAGUCAAAAAUCAUUUGUUCCUUUUCGUGAACUGCCUGAUUGUGAAUCCCACGUUUGAUUCCCAAACGAAAGAAAACAUGACUUUGCAGGUGAAAAGUUUCGGAUCCUCGUGCAAGCUAAGCGAAAAGUUCAUCAAUGCCGUGCAAAAGUCGGGCGUUGUUUCGUCCGUGAUGACUUGGGCGCUGUUCAAAGCUCAGACGCAGCUGAAUGCGAAAACUGGUAGUCGGAAGCAAUCGACCAUCAAGGGUGUUCCCAAGCUGGAAGACGCGAAUUGGGCCGGCACGAAAGAUUCUGCCAAAUGUUCGCUGAUCCUCACUGAAGGAGACUCAGCAAAAGCAUUGGCCGUCUCUGGGCUGUCAGUCGUUGGUCGCAACCAGUUCGGCGUUUUUCCCUUGCGUGGUAAACUCCUGAACGUCAGGGAAGCCUCGCACAAGCAAAUUAUGGAGAAUGCUGAAAUAAAUAACCUCGUGAAAAUCCUGGGAUUGCAGUACAAGCGGCAAUAUGCCAGUAGGGAAGACAUGACCACCUUGCGAUACGGAAAAGUUAUGAUCAUGACUGAUCAGGAUCAGGACGGUUCGCAUAUCAAGGGGCUCCUGAUCAAUUUCAUUCACCAUAACUGGCCAUCGUUGUUGAAAAUGGGAUUCAUUGAAGAGUUUAUCACCCCGAUCGUGAAGGCGAAGUACCACUCGCAGCAGUUUUCGUUCUACUCCAUCCCAGAGUUUGAAGAGUGGAAGCGUGCAACUCCGAACUGGGUCAAGUACACCAUAAAGUACUACAAAGGUUUGGGAACUUCCACAUCGGCGGAAGCCAAGGAGUACUUCACAAACAUGCUGCGGCAUCGCAUCCAAUUUGAGUACAAGGGCUCGUCCGACGACAAUUCGAUCGUGAUGGCUUUCUCUAAAAAGGCGGUCGACCAACGUAAAGAAUGGCUUACCACUCAAAUGGCGGAGCGCAAACGCCGCCGCGAGCUUGAGCUUCCGGAAGUCUACUUAUACGAAAAGGACACAAAGGCCGUGUCUUUCACGGACUUCGUCAACAAGGAGUUGGUGUUGUUCAGCAAUGCGGAUAACGAACGAUCCAUCCCGUCGAUGGUUGACGGAUUGAAACCUGGUCAGAGAAAGGUCUUGUUCACCUGUUUCAAAAGGAAGGACAAGCGGGAAGUGAAGGUGGCCCAGUUGGCAGGAUCCGUUGCAGAAUUGUCGGCUUAUCAUCACGGCGAACAGUCGCUCAUGGGAACGAUGAUCAAUUUGGCCCAAGACUUUGUAGGAAGCAAUAAUAUUAACUUACUUCAGCCUAUUGGGCAAUUCGGAACUCGCGCUACCGGCGGAAAAGAUGCCGCGAGUCCUAGAUACAUUUUCACAAAGCUAAGCCCGUUAGCGAAGCAUUUGUUCAACCCUGAUGAUGAGAAGAUCCUGAACUAUUUGAAGGACGACAACCAGUCGAUUGAACCAGAAUGGUAUAUUCCCAUUUUACCCAUGGUUCUGGUCAAUGGUGCAUCUGGGAUCGGUACGGGAUGGAUGACGAAUGUGCCCAACUACAAUCCUCGGGAGAUCGUUGACAAUCUACUUAGUAUGAUUGACGGAGGCGAGCCGAAGCAAAUGCACCCUUGGUUCCGCAAUUUCCGCGGCGUGAUCUCACAAAUCGAUGCACAGCACUAUUGGCACGCCGGCGAAAUUGCCGAGCUGCGUCCAGGGAAGGUCGAAAUUACGGAAUUGCCGAUUCGCAAAUGGACCCAGGAUUAUCGCGAAGGUGUCCUUGACCCCAUGCUCAAUGGUAGUGAGAAAACCGCAGCUGUACUUUCCGAUGUUUUUACUUACCAUACCGACACGACGGUGCGAUUUGUGGUGGAAAUGCCGGAUGCGAAAUAUCGCGAAGCCGAAAACAAAGGCCUGCACAAGUACUUCAAGCUUAUUUCGACUUUUUCGCUCACAUCCAUGGUUUUGUUCGACCAGAACGGGGUCAUUAAGAAGUACGAAAGCGCAGAAGAAAUUUUGAGGGAAUUCUUCGAUCUUCGUCUCAGUUACUACGACAAACGGAAAGCUUUCCUUGUUGGGAUGCUUCAAGCCGAAGCUGGAAAGCUUACAAACCAAGCCCGUUUCAUUUGCGAGAAAUGCGAUGGCGACCUUGUCGUGGAGAACAAGCGUCGGAAAGCAAUGGUGAAGGAGCUCGCAGAUCGUGGCUACGACUCAGACCCGGUUCUUGCAUGGCGUCGAAAGUACGACAAGGACGCCGUCGAGCGUGAGAUCGUCGACGGCGCCGGCUCCGACGAAGAAGGGGAAGAAUCUUCCGUUGAAGAAGGAGGACGCAACUACGAUUACCUACUUGAAAUGCGCAUCUCCAGUUUGACGCUGGAGCGGAAGCAGAAAUUGUUGGAGGAACGCGAUAAAAAGCAGGAGGAUCUCCGUCGUCUGGUCAGCACGACGCCGAAAGACAUGUGGCGCCGUGAUUUGAGAGAGUUUUCGGCUGCCUACGAUAAAAUGGAGGAGGAUGAGAAGAAAAAAGAGCGGUUGGAGAUGGAAAAGGCGGCCAAGGCUGGGAACAAAGACAUUAAGGGAAGAAAGGCGCCGAGGCUGUCGGCGAGGGAGUUCCUUCCUGCCGAUGAUGCCAUGAGAAUCGAUCCCAAACCGGAUCCCGAGCUCAUCAGCAAAUUUGACGCGGAGAAAAAAACGCGUAAUACCGUAAAAACGGAGAAUGCGGGUGAGGAAGGAGGAACUUCCCCCGAGAAGCCAAAGCCGAAACCCCGUGCGAAAAAAGAGAAACUAGAGGGUUCUGAUGAGAAAUCACCCGCGAAAAAGCCUCGAGGACGUGCUGCCGGUAGCGGUGGUGCCAAGAACGAUAAGAAGAAAAAGAAACGAUUGUCUUGGGUGUCGGACUCGGACGAAGAAAUGGGCUCGGACGCAUCAGACGCGUCGUUUGAAUCGCCGCCACCGAAACCGGCGGCCGAACGCGGGCCACGUCGUGCCGCUGCGCAGAAAAAGGUGUCUUAUUCGCUGUCGGAAGCCGAAAACUCGGACGGGGACGCGUCGGACGAGUUCAUUGACAAUCUUGGGGCUAAAGAAGAUAAUGAGCCGAAGGUGUCGCAGUCUUUGUUGGUGGAUUCGGAUGAAGAGGAAGAAGAGCGGCGAGCUCCGCCUCCGCGUUCGCCUCCGAAGAACACUUCGGACGAUGAGUUGUUUGAUUCGUUGCUGAACGUGAAGCCUCUUGCUGAACGAUUGGCUGCCGCUAGGAGUAAUAAUCCGCCUGCCGCUGAAAUCUCUGCUGAACCAUCAGCACCGAAAGCUCCGCCCAAGAAGCGAGUGCUUGCGUCGAAACCCACGAGUGCAUUCGGAGGCAGCGACAGUGAAGAUGAAGGUCCGUCUAAGCCAAAGAAACCUGCACCAGCGAAGAAACCGAAGCGUAUGCUCGACUCUGACUCUGAUGCCAUAAUUUCUUCUGACGAAGAGAAGAAAACGAAGGCUAAACGCGCACAAGACUCUGACUCGGACGUCGUCAUUUCAUCCGACGAGGAUAAGAAAAAGAAGAAGAAACCCGCUGCAAAGAAACCCUCGGUCAAGAAAUCUCCGGUAGCCAAGAAGCCCAAGGGCAAAGGGAAGAAGAAGAAGGGUUCGGACUCGGAAUCUGAGGGUGGCUUUAGUGGAGUUGAAGAUGUUGAUGACGAUUUCCGUGUUGCCAUGGCUGUCAGCAGAGAUCGUCCCGGACGUGCAAAGGUCCCAGUUAAAUACAGUUACGACGAUUCGGAUUCUGACUGAAAAAGUUUUGGCGAGGAAUCCGGCGACGAAAAACGAACACUAGGCACUCGGAACAUUCAUUUUUAUAAGUUGAUUUUCAUUCGCUGAAAAACUCGCCGCCUUGUCAGCUAAAACGAUUCUGGUUCGUGCUACACUCAAAAUUAUAAUCUUUUUUUGGAUGCGAUGAUAAACGUUUCGGUUAAAAAUUCUUUUCUGCUUUUUUUCGAAUAUAAUUUUCACCGAUUGUACCUGACGUCAUGAAAUAAUCACACCAAAUCUGCGGUAAAAUACCGAACUUGGCCCGUGAAAAUGGGAGGAUCAAUGUUACUCAAAAAUCCGUCUCGAGGCGAUGUUGAAAUGCUUACUGACGAAAAGUUUUUUACAUUAAAAUCCAAGUCACUGACGCUUGAAUCCUUUUUUUUCUUGCAGUAGUGGGAGCGGAUUCUUGAAAUGGUGAGUCACUUUUAAAUUAUGCUAGAAUCUCUUUUUGGUUUCUUAUGUGCAAGAACGAGGAUUCUCUGCGAAAAUAGCUGGAAUAAUGAUGAAAUCCGUUUCUCUGUCCGCAUUUCGCUGACAUUUAAAGUGGUGUAUUUAGAAGAGUUUUAGUAGAAACGUUUGAAUUAUUUAUUUUCUUAGGAGUGUGAAAUCUUUAAAACAAUUUUUUGGAUGGCUGUCGGACGAAAGCUUCAAUUUUGUAUGGUAUCCUUUUUGUAUGUGGCAGUUUUCUGUACGCGAACGACGAGGUUUUUUUUUUUCAGAUAUUCAAUGUCCACGAGUAGCUCGCGAAAAAAAAAGAAAUUGAGUGUGUAUAGUCCUUUUUUCGGGCUUCCGUUUAGCCUCGGUUGUUUUAAUAGUUUCAGAAUUUCCGAAUGCCGUUCGAAAUUGUUGUUGAAUGUUCGCGUUGUUUUUUUUUCAGAAUGAUUUUGAACGGCAAGAAAAUUCAGUUUUUUUGGUUGAAUGUCUUGGUUCUUCGAUCUCGCGCCCGAAAUUUGUUUGAUACUUGGCCGUGUCUCCUGCCUAGCGAACAAUGAAUAUACUUGUUUGAAUGUCGAACA